AUGUUCAACAUUGCAAUCGGAGUUGUUGUGCUCGUGGUACUUCUCGUUCUCAAGGUUCGCACGAUCGGCUGCAGGGGAAAAGAUUUCCCACCAGGCCCAAAGACAACUCCAGUCUUGGGAAACGCACUGGACUUCCCAACCAGCUUCCCUCAUGUUAAGUUCUCGGAAUGGGCUCAGACGUAUGGCGAUAUCUUCUCUCUCAAGAUUUUAAAUCGUACUGUCGUUGUCAUUUCCUCCGCCGCAGCUGUGAAGCAUAUUCUUGACAGCAACGGGGCUCAUACUGGGAACCGCCCGCGUUCUGUGCUCGUCCAGCGUGUUACCAAUGGCUCUCUUAUGGCUCUCGAAAAUAUGGAAAAUUCAGUUUGGAAGCAUGGCCGUCAUGCAAUUCACACGUUUUUGACGAAGGAUAGUUUGAAGAAACACCUACAAACACAACAAGCCGAAUACACGCAAUUUAUGCACGACAUUCUGGAAGAUCCUCAAAAUAUUUUCACUCACAUCUGUCGUACGACUGCGUCUGUCAUGAUUACGCUGCUUUAUGGUUCGCGAAUCACGAGCUAUGCAAACUCACCAGCAGAGACUUAUUUUCGAGGCGUGAAACUUCUUAAUGAAGUCACUGAUCCCGGUGCCCACCCUCCAGUUGAUCUUUUUUGGCCAUUGCAAUACGUACCUAAGCGCUGGGCGUACUGGAAACGACUUGCCGACACAACACGUGGAAUUCGAGACGAGCUUUAUGGUUCUCUACAUGCACAAUGCGUGCGUGCGAUUGAGACCGAGAAGACUACUGGCUGCUACCUGGAAUCCUUGAUCCUGAAUCAAGAGAAACUUCGUAUGACCCGUGAUGAGGUCAUUGGCAUGGGUGCAGUCAUGAUGGACGCAGGAGCCGAAACCACAGCUUCUUUUCUACAGUCGUUUAUCCUGGCUUUGAUCAACAACCCUCAUGUCCAGGAGAAAGGGCAAGCUGAGAUUGACAGUGUUGUUGGUCAUAACCGCUGGCCAGGGUUGGAUGAUUAUGAGAAUGUUCCGUACAUUCGCGCCAUUGCCGAUGAGGUUCUCCGGUUCAGAACAAUUUUGCCGAUCGCAAUUCCUCAUGUUAACACUAAGGAACUUCAUUAUAACGGCUACUGUAUCCCCGAAAACUCUAUGAUCUUUAUGAAUAGCUAUGGUCUAUAUCACGAUCCAAAGUUCUACGACGAACCAGAGAUGUUCGACCCAGAGCGGUUUAUCAAGACGGAGUUUGGUACAAAAGAGGGUGUCGAUGUGACAGGCUAUCGGAACAACUUGGCAUUUGGGGCUGGCCGAAGAAUUUGUCCAGGAGAGUCUAUGGCUCGUCGGACUAUCACACUGAACACUAUGAAUUUGCUUUGGGCAUUCAACUUCAAAAAGGAUGGUAAGUCUCUAUCCUCUUCCUGCAUUCCCAUCAAUGCUAACGUUAAUCUCCUCCAGCCUGGUAUUGAGCUUGCACCGAAACCAUUUACAUGUGACGCAAAACCUCGGUCUGCGGAGAAGGAACAAUUGAUCAGGGAGCGAUAUGCGAGAGUGUUCCCUCACGGAGUGAAUGGAGAGACGAGAUUUUAG